AUGAAGAACAGCCCCGGCCUCCAGGCCGCCAUCGACCUCACGGCGGGCGCGGUGGGGGGCACGGCGUGCGUACUCACCGGGCAGCCCUUCGACACGAUGAAAGUCAAGAUGCAGGCGUUCCCCAGCCUGUACACGGGCCUCACCGACUGCUUCCUGAAGACCUACUCCCACGUGGGGUUGCGGGGCCUCUACAGGGGCACAGGCCCCGCGCUGAUGGCCUAUGUGGCCCAGAACUCUGUCCUCUUCAUGUGCUACGGUUUCUGCCAGAAGUUUGUCAGGAGCGUGGCCGGACUGGACAAGAAGGCGAAGCUGAAUGACCUGCAGUCUGCGGCCGCGGGCUCCCUGGCCUCGGCGUUCGCCGCGCUGGCCCUUUGCCCCACUGAGCUGGUCAAGUGCCGGCUGCAGACCAUGUACGAGUUGCAGCUGUUAGGGAAGAUAGCAAAGAGCCAGAAUACAAUUUGGUCUGUGGUGAAGAGCAUCCUCAGAAAGGACGGUCCCUUAGGCUUCUACUACGGACUCUCGAGCACUCUGCUGCAAGAAGUACCGGGCUAUUUCUUCUUCUUCGGGGGCUACGAACUGAGCCGAUCGUUUUUUGCCUCGGGCAGAUCAAAAGAUGAACUAGGUCCAGUUCCGUUGAUGUUAAGCGGUGGAGUUGCUGGAAUCUGCCUCUGGCUUGUCAUAUUCCCAGUGGAUUGUAUUAAGUCCAGAAUUCAGGUUCUUUCCAUGUAUGGAAAACAGGCAGGAUUUUUUGGAACUCUUUUGGGCAUUGUGAAAUAUGAAGGAAUAGCAGCCUUAUACUCUGGACUGAAACCUACCAUGGUUCGAGCAGUCCCUGCCAACGGGGCACUAUUUUUGGCCUAUGAGUACAGCAGGAAGAUGAUGAUGAGCCAGUUGGAACCCUGCUGA